GUUUACCAGCAAGUCAUAUGUAUAUACACUUUUGUAAAGUUGCUUUCCAGUUUUCCUCUUGACCUUACCAAUACACACAGUUCUAAAAAUGACAUAUCAAAUGUGUAUAUAUAUAUAUAGCCCAUAUGAAGAAUAAACAAAACACGGUGCAAAUAUAAAUUGUUUUCCUGGACUACUACUCAUCACCAAUGGGUGGGAAUUCAUGGUUUUGCAAUUGGGCAUUAUGGGUGUUCAUCUUCAUCAUCUUUGUUUCUGGGUACGGAACGAGUCUUGGCGAUGAUUUCGUUAACGUGACGGUCCAUGUGAACGGCGAACGCGCCAUUGGGACAACGGACACAAAUUUCAUCUGUGCAACUUUGGAUUGGUGGCCAAAAGAUAAGUGCAAUGAGAAGAAAAACUGCCCUUGGGCCAAUGCCACUCUCCUAACUUUGAAUCUCAAGAGUAGUGUUUUGCUAAAUGCAAUAAAAGCAUUCUCUAGACUGAAAAUUAGGCUGGGUGGCACUCUGCAAGAUAAGGUCGUCUACCAAACCAAUCGUUCUGAACCGUGCGAACCAUUUCGUUUGGACGAGAUGAAAUUGUUUUCCUUCACUGAGGGGUGCUUACCUCUGUCUAGAUGGGAUGAACUGAAUGAGUUCUUCAUCAAAUCAGGAGCUUUUAUCACAUUUGGGUUGAAUGCACUCUCUGGAAGAAGGGUGAAAGCAGGCAGUGACAUUGCUACUGCUGGGUCAUGGAAUUCAACCAAUGCUAAAUUUCUCAUGACAUAUUCUCUUGACAAGUGGUAUCAUAUCCACGGCUGGGAGUUGGGGAACGAGUUGGUUGGACGAAGCGCGAUAGGGAGACAAAUUCCAGCAGAUGUGUAUGCUAAUGACACCAUCCAUCUUCACAGGAUAGUCAAGAACCUUUACAAGGAUCCUAAAACCCGUCCAAUAGUCAUGGCACCAGGUGGAUUCUUUGAUGAAGAAUGGUUCAAAAAAUACCUGCAGAAAGCAAACCACUCCUUGGACGCGGCCACUCACCAUAUAUAUGAUCUUGGUGCAGGAAGUGAUUUGAACCUGACAAAUAGAAUACUUGACCCUGGGGUUCUUGAUGGAGACACGGAUAUAUUUGAGCAAUUGCGUGGCCUGGUCCAUGGAACUAAAGUUCAGGCUUGGGUUGGCGAGGCUGGAGGGGCAUAUAACAGCGGCGGACCAAAUGUGUCAAACACCUUUGUUUCUAGCUUCUGGUAUCUCAACCAGCUUGGGAUGUCGGCCUCGUACAAUACCAAAGUAUACUGCAGGCAGACACUAGUAGGAGGAAACUACGGUUUACUCAACACCACCACCUUUCAUCCAAAUCCAGAUUACUACAGUGCUCUUCUAUGGGACCGAUUGAUGGGAGAGAAAUCGCUCAACACAAGCUUUGAAGGGACAAAGAAACUACGGGCUUUUACCCAUUGUGCAAAGAAACUUGGAGGGAUCACCAUGUUGCUGAUGAACCUAGAUGGCAAGCGAAACAUCACGGUGAACACUUCGCGAAUUCACAUGACGAGUCGUAAGCCAGAGCCAAGACAAGAGUACCAUUUGACCGCACCGGAUGGCAAUUUACACAGCCAAACAGUGCAACUAAAUGGGAAAAAACUUGAAGUGAAUUCGGUGUCAGGAGAAAUCCCAAUAAUCCAGCCAUUAGCUUACGCUUUGCACGAGCUAAUAAAUGUGGCUCCUCAUUCCAUUGUCUUUGCUCACAUACCUUCUGCAGACCUACCAGCUUGCAAAGGCAAGCAAUAGCUAUGAUAUUUCAAUUCCUCAAAUUAAUCCCUACAUUUGGGGUGCCACGAGUUCUCUUAUUACACAUAAACACACACACACACACACACACAUUGUUGUUUUAGACUCAAUGAGCUAGCAUUGUAAUUCUUUUUUUUCCUUUUCAUUCUUUUUAAGUAAUUCAAUUAUACAUUGAAGCAUUGCAGAACUUGUUAUAUAUAUGUCGCAUUAACACUUCAUAUGUAUUUGAUUCCAACCUCAGUUCUGAGAGCAAGUACUCUUUAGAUUUUAUUUCAAAUGUCAGCUGAGUUGUUUUGUAAAAUUCUAAAUAAGUUGAUUAAAUUUGUUCUAAAACACUUGAGAAGUUAACUAAUAAGGCUAGAGGCAUUUG